AUGAAAAAUCAACUGGCUAGCUACAUCGAGUGUAGUUUUAGGAAAGUGCCACCCUCCCCCUAAAUAUUUAUUAUAUUUUAUAAGCAACAAACAUUACUGUCUGAUAAUAGUUCAUAUUCGUGUUUACUGUAUAGCCACGAGAGGUUAGUACAAUCCUAAAAGAGCGAGGAUGUUGGUCCCCGCGGGAAGAUAAUGAAGCGGUUGCGCGUUUUGUUGGCGUGCCUCAUCCUGUGGUGGUACCCCAGUCGUAAUGUGUGUUGUUCAGAGCACAGCUCGUCAGCUCCAGGUGUGUCUAGUGGCGAAAGCAGCCUCCCAGAGCAUCAUCAUGAGCAGUACCACAGGACUGACCACAAGGAGGAGGAGUCGUCGAGGACACACACACACACCUACGACGUGGAACUGGAGACAAAGAGGGCUACACUAGAGGAGCCCAACACACACAACACUGAACAGACUGUGAAUCAGGAGGAGCCGGUGGUGGUCUGGUCUGCCCCAGAACCACACCUGGAUCCUGAACCCCCCGCUGCUGCUGCUGAGCCUCACUCACACAACACACACAUCCACACAGACCCAGAGCCCGAUACACAACCCACUCCCCUCCAGAACCAGGCACCUGCACCCUCAUCCCCCUCCACCCCACCGCUCAGCGACGACCCAACCCAGGGACAGGCCUCCACAGACCACACAGGCCCAGUCGAGACCCCCAGAGAUGCACCGGCAGACCCCAGCCCAGCCCCCUCUACAGAAGACCCCCAACACACACCUACCUCUUACAUCCCUGCCCCAGCCCCAUCCAGUUCAAUAGUUGCCAGAUCUGAUCCCGCGGUAGAGGAUUCCCCUGUAGAAGUUGCCAGUGCUGAAGCCGAUCCCUCUUUAGAGGUUGCCAGUGCUGGAUCUAAUUCCUCUCUAGAGGGCAAUGUUUUCGCUGAUUUCUCUGGCUCUCAGUGUGGGAUGAUUCCCCACAACCUGGCAACCCAAACCCCUCCUUUUGGCAGCCCGCCCACGAGGUGA